CAGCAUCAUUCAAGGUUGACCGUCAUGUGAAUCUCCAUUGCCAACAUAUGUAACGUUUGCUUCUCUUCUCGAGGCAAGUCACUUGCGAGUCAGCCCUAGUCUUCGCAAUGAUCAUCGCACAAAGCGCUAUACCGUGACUGCGUCACAAAGAACUCGCAGUGCCCCUUCACCCCUUCCCUCUCCCACACUCUCUACUCAGACCGCUGCGCAUCCUCUGAUGGCUUACUGCGAUCGCUGCGACCGCUACUUCCAGAGUCCGUACGCUCUUGAUCAGCACAGGGCGGACUCUGGCGCACAUAACAUCUGUGACGACUGCGAAAUCGAUUUCACCACAUGGAAUGGACUGGAACAGCACUACGUGCAGAGCCGACGGCACCACUACUGCCAGCGGUGCAAUGAGCACUUUGACGACGAGGACGAGUUGGAGGAGCAUUACGACGACUCACACUACUACUGUUCGCGCUGCCGGCGCUUCUUCCGGAACGAGCAGGGCCUCCACGAGCACUACCGGCAGUCCGACCAGCACCACUACUGCGUCCCGUGCCGCCGCCUCUUCUUGUCUGCAAGCAACCUCAUCUCGCAUCUCAACUCGUCCCGCCACCGCCCGAAAGACGUCAUGUGCCCCGGCAGAGGCUGCGGGCUGGGCUUUGUGUCGCGGUCCGCGGUUGUGCUGCACCUGGAGUCGGGGAAGUGCGCGUCUGGAAUGACGCGGGAGAAGAUCAAAGUGGUUGUGCGCCAAUACGACCGACAGAACCUCAUCACAGACCCUGCGCGCAUGAUCAAUGGCCCGGGCAUAUCGAGCCCGACGUACAUCGCGACGCCCCGGGCGUGGAACGGGACUGCGUAUGAGUGUUAUCUGUGCCACAGCACGUUCCGGACGCUGCCGGCGCUGAACGCGCACCUGGCGAGCCCCCGACACGAGGACAAGAUCUAUGUUUGCCCGCUGGCAAGCUGCCGGACCCAUUUCUCGACGCUGAGUGCGCUGUGUCAGCACAUCGAGAGCGAGCAGUGUGGGGUGCACAAGUUCCGCGCCGUGCAGGAAGGCAUGGAUGGGCUGGUUGGCAAGAUGAAGCGAUUGACUGUGUGAGGAGGAUGUUAAAGCACUUCUUCCCUUCCGCAAACACCCGUUGCCUAGACUUCUCCAAUCGCGGUCUCGUGAUCGAUCGACAUGCAUCACACAAACGCGCUUUCUCUCAUCUCGGCGGAUAUAUGUAUUCUGCUUUCCGUGACUGCAUACAAUGUACACACUGUAAACAUAUCGCGCCAUCCUCAUGAUCUCAAUACAGUUACUGUUUCUGACUUUCACCCCCCACUUGCUUUACGCAUUAUCAGUGGACAUUUCCACAUGCGACGGAAGCGAGGAUGGUCAAGUUCUGACACAAGAGCGGCCGUGGUAAUUACUGGAAUAGCACUAGGUUGACCCAGAGGGAAAAAAAAAUGUCUCUUCACAAAUCGUCUAUCUAUAAUUACGAUCAGUGGAAUCUGGAUAGAUCUGGAUACAGCGAUCAAUCACUAUAUCUGAUUGGGGACAAGAUAUUUAUGGCCGCUCCGUCAUCACAGGACAAUUACAGCACAGCAGGCAGUGUCAGUCAGUCUAAGCGUUUGCUAUGGCACGUUUCCCUCUCGGACUAAAAUAGCCCUCAAGCGCCGAUGAUCCGUGCUGACAGAUACUCAUC